AUGGUAUGGUGUGGCGUCCGCGGGGGUCGAACCCGGGGUCGAUCACAGUCCCGGCCCCGCCUCUCCCACCACGAUUACGCGAGGAUCACAUCCGUUGUCCGCUUCCUUUGUGCGGUAUCCACCGCCGCCAGCCGGCCAGUUCACAAGCAGCCGUUGCGAAAUGAUCGCGGCGUGGCGGCCGUGAAAAAAAUUGUCUUCGUUAUCCACAGGUCCGAGGGGAAGAGAAGACGUGCCGCGUCCAACCCCGCGCGCCGCCACAGACCGGCCAGAGACGUCGCUUUUUCUCCCCCCGGACGUGACGUCGUCUCCUGGCGGCGCCGGGCAGGGCGCUGUAACUGCCGCCUUCACGCACAGAUGUCGCCACGGUCGGCUGCGCCCGCCGCCGCCGCCGCCCCCGCCGCCGUCCAACCGGAGUCCGGCGUCGCUGCGCUACAAAUAAAAAAUACGACCGACGCCGCCGCUCUCGGGGGUUUCCCGUCAGCUCCAGAUAAUAAAAGCCACUGGGCCGGCGGCGGCGCCCGGACCCGAGUGGCAAAAAGAACGCCUCUGGAAUGGCGCUGGGGAAAACGGACCAGCCACCCCACGAGAAACUGCCACCGCCUUCCCUUCUCGCUUCCUGCUGCUCCUCCUCCUCCUGCGCCUUGGCCUGCUGUUCUUUCUCCUCCGUCUCGGUGAUGCAGCGGUUUCCUUAUUUUCUUUCCUCUCCGUACUCCCUCUCUCACCCACACAGACACGUAGCGAGCGGGCGAAGAAAUGUUCUGAGGAAAUUACUGCCCUGGUGGGAAGGGGGUGGGAAGAUGGGUCGCUGGGUCUCGUGGAGGGUAGUGUGUGUGCGUGUAUGUGUGUGUGUUUUUGAGAUAAGGACAGAGGAAGAGAGAGAGAGAGAGAGAGAGAAUUGCAGGGACACCGAGAGUGCAAGAAACUGGCACUGCCAGGGAAAGAGAAGCAGUUCAGAAGUAGGGGGGAAGGGGAGGGGGCGGUGCUAGCUCGACGGAGAGAGCAGAGGUUUGCCGGAGCGGGCGAAAAAAUACACUUGGCUAAGAGAUUGUCAACAAAUUUAUAUCCCGGCGGCGCCUGUGGAGAGGGCGCGCUGUUUAUGAUUGGCGCCGCCGGUUUUGUCGGGGGUGUCGUGCGCCUGGCGGCGGCGCCGACGCAACCCGCGCGUCUAUAAUUCAGGCCCUCGUCCUCCGCCCCCGGGGCGGCGCUGAUUUAUCGCGGCUGUUAUUCCCAGCCGCGGGACUCGUCGCCGUGGGCGGUGUUCCGCGCUGUUGCGCGGCCACAAUGCGAGAGAGAGGCAGCUGCCGCCGCCGGCCGCGAGGAUAACUCAGCCGCCAGCGCUGAGCCGCCGCAGUCAGUCCGGCCGCGCCGCAGAUGGUGCCGGACCAAAGUUCGCGCAUACUUCUCCGCAGAACAGCCCGCGACGGACGUACAGCUGUUUCCCGAACUCGGACCUCUUGAACUUCGCAAAAUUUCUCUGCUUUUCGGCGUGAGUUGUGGAACGCCUUGAUGUCUGGAACGUGCUUGGUGAUACACGACGGUAUCACUCACGCCACAAGUGUUUGUGUAGGAUGGUGUGGAGACGUCUAUAGCUCCAUCACUCACACUAUAUGCACAAUGCACAUAUGAAUCAAGAUAUCCAUUUU